AUGGAAACUUCAACUGUAUCAAUUACUAUAGAAGAUGGUGUGCUAGCUCUUAAGAGUGCUGAUCAUGUAGAAGAACAGCAAGUUACACUACCGUCUCGUCGCUCACUGAGCAUAAGUACGUGUGAACUCGCUGCCAGUUCUCAAUGUGUUCUUUUUCAAAAUUUACGUAAAAAGAAAACGAUGAACUUUACUUUCGAUGAUAAUUACUCAGAAGAUCCUUGGGAUUUCCAGUCAAACAUCGUAAAUCAGCAUCGUUAUUCGCAGCAGGAUCUUGUAUCAAGCAGUCCAGUUGGUUUGAAAACGUCAUCUUUGGAACAGAUUGUAAUUUCCCCAUUACUGGCAUUAGAUUCUGAGAUGUAUCGGAUAUGUUGGUGUUCUGAAGAGAACAUUGGUUCAAGUAGUCGAAGAAUUGAGAGUUUUCUUGAAAUGCAUUGUCAAUAUCCUAAUAAUGUCGUAGUUAUGAAAAAAUAUUUGGCAAGAUCCAAAGAAUGCUUCCAUUCUAAGGCUAAGCUACCAUCUGAAUUUCUAGUUUCAUCAAAAAAUAUAUCACUAUUACAUGAAUGUGUUCAGUUAACUGAAAAUCUUUCAUUUCCAGUUCAAGAUACACAUCACCAGGUACCAGCUUUCGGAGUCAACUCUGCUAAUAUAAAGAAAUCAGCAGAGAAACGUCAUCAACCUCAUGUGCAUUCUCCAAACUUCAAAUCGCAAUUUUAUCUUACUUUAAGUUGA